AAACCAAAAGAAAAAAGGUCUAAUCUAAAUAAAGGCACUGGCUUCAUGACUUCCUCUAUUUUUCUUCCGAGCUCUGCAGCAAUGGCACAUUACAGUCAUCACCCGCACAGGCAUCAAAAUGGUUAUAAUGCCAAGACACAAUGAUUUAACGGAUCUCUGAGGCAAACCAUUAUGGCUAAUAACAUAACUUUGCCCAUCACCAUGGAAGGCCACAUUCCCCAAGUGUACAAGACUGCUAGCCUAAUCUUUUACAUCAUUAUCUUCAUCAUUGGCUCAGUGGUUAACCUGACAGCCCUCUGGGUCUUUGCCUUGACCACUAAAAGACGGAACUCUAUCACUGUUUACAUGAUCAAUGUUGCUUUAGUGGACUUGGUAUUUAUCUCACUGCUUCCCUUUCGAAUGGUCUACUACAGUCAGGACUACUGGCCCUUUGGGGAUGUGUUCUGCAGGGUUAAUGCCGCACUGACUGUGCUCUAUCCCUGCCUGGCCUUGUGGCUGUUCGCCCUCAUCAGCACAGAUCGUUAUGUGGCCAUCGUGCAACCACGACACACCCGAGAACUGAAGAGUGUCCGUAAAGCCUUGCUGUCCUGUGCAGGGGUCUGGAUCAUGACCCUGGGCAGCACCGCACCUCUCGUUCUCCUGGAAGACGAUCCAGACAGCAUCUCAAACUACACCACCUGCAUCAAGAUGCAUGACAUCAUCUACUUGCGCCGCGACAAUCCCGUCCACUUUGCACGUCUCAUCUUCUUCUUCCUGGUGCCUGUAUGCAUCAUGGUGGGCUGUUACAUUAUCAUCGUAGACAACCUAAUCCAUGGACGCACGUCUAAACUGAAGCCCAAAGUCAAGCAGAAGUCGAUAAGGAUCAUUAUCACAUUGAUCGUCCAGGUGCUGGUGUGCUUUGUGCCUUUCCAUGUAUGUUUUGUUUUCCUGCUGUUGGAGAGCAGUGGGCAAGGUUAUAACACCUGGGGGGCCUUCACCACCUUCUUAAUGAACGCGAGUACAGUGCUGGACAUCAUACUCUUCUAUAUUGUAUCAAAGCAGUUCCAGGAUCGUGUGAUCAGUGUGAUCCUGUACAGGAACUAUCUGAGAAGUGUCCGCAGGAAGAGUCGUCAUACUAACAGCAUACGCUCCCUCAGCAACCUGACCAGUGCCAUGAUCUGAGAAAUAAUACAGUGGACAAAAACGUAUGUGUGCAUCUGCUUACGGAGAGUGUACAUAUCAAAGAAUGUAGUUUGGAAGAAUGUCUACAAAAUUACGUUUUAAGCUGUGAUGACCUGUGCACAUAUAGUGAUCUUAUGGCAGGAGGUCGAGUGGCUGUACUCGGUUGGUACUCCUACUCCUACUGCUGAAAGCCCUAACUUUAUGUGUGGGCUGCAAAACUGGCUAAAGAUUUUAAAAGAUCGAUCACAAAUGGGAUGGCAUUUGUAUAUAAAUUACAGAGGUGUAUAAUGCCUCAUGAACAAGAUGAACGAAUACCAAUGCAUAAAUCAAACUAAUUCGGAAUGCAGACAAUUUUCUGACAAGGUCAUCACUUUUUAUUAUAUGCAAGAAUUGCCCCUUAAAUCACACUAUUUCAAGUUCCAUUUUGUUUCAUGUUGCAAGUUCAUCUGUUCCGAGUUUUAAAUUGCGAUGCUAUAGCUAUUGCCAGAACUGGCCCAAAAGUUUCAACUUCAGAUAUGAAAACAUAUCUCAUGCCAAGGAGUUUUAAAUAUUUUCCUUUGCAGGAUCUUUGCACAAUUUUCUCUGUACUCUUUGCACUGAUUUUAGAUUUUAGACUUGCUAAGCAUGCUUUUUAAUUGUACCAAGUAUGAUUCCGAUACAGCUAACAUCACCUUUUUAAAAAGGUUAUUUCUAAGCACACAUGUUUGGCUAUUUUAGAAGAGUAAAAUGAGAUAGGAUGGGAUGAAAAGCACAUUAAAAUGUCCAAACAGAAGAGUAAAAACUAAUUAAAUUAUAUAGUAUAAGAGCACUUUAUCUAUAGCAAUUUUGUGAUUUGUUUAAUGGACCCAAUAAUUAUAAAUAAUAUCAAAAAUUACAUGAACAAUAUAACAGUACAUGAUAAACUUGACCUGUCAUAUAAGUGGCCAGUGGGAGGCACUACUCACCAGGGCUGUAUAUUCUGCCCUCACAGUGCUUUGUUCUAAUAUCACCAUUAGGUGGUGUCAUGUAAUAACAGACAACAUUUCAUCACCAUUAGAUGGUUAUGUACUUUGUUUCUGAUGAAAUUGCCAUUAUAUCUGUUCAGUGGCUUCCAUUAAGGUUUUCUCUUGUUCUCCUUAACUUUCCAUAAAAUAGACAUGGCUGCUAACA